AAUGACAAUGUCUAGACAAUGACAAUGUGACGCAAUGACAUGAUGUGGGAAGCAUUAUAAUAUUGGGUGGCUUGUGCGUAAUUAAGCGCUCGCCUCUCACCAAGGUGACCACGGUUCAAAUCCUGGCUGCGGAUCAAAUGGUUUGUGUCAAAUUGUGGAAAUCUUUGUUUCUUCCAAACACCUGAAAACAAUGAGUCGCAAACAGACACCGAGUGACUUCCUAAAGCAGAUCAUUGGCAGACCAGUUGUCGUGAAACUCAACUCGGGAGUUGAUUACAGAGGAGUGCUUGCCUGCCUUGAUGGCUACAUGAAUAUUGCCUUGGAGCAAACGGAGGAAUAUGUCAACGGCCAACUGAAGAACAAAUACGGAGACGCAUUCAUCAGGGGAAACAAUGUAUUAUAUAUCAGCACCCAGAAGAGAACGUAUUGAAGUGAUGUGGGGGGGAACCAGAUGACGUUUUCAAGCAUCUGUUGUGUUGACUGUUCCUGUGUAGUCUAGCUGGUUCUGGAUCAGAGUGGAUCUAGAAGGGCCUUGAAAAGAACCAACAGGUUUCCAAAAGCAUUUCAGUUAACCAAUAUUCGUUGUUAGAGCUGAAAUGUAUAAUAUCCAGAUUUCUUUACUUGUAUGGAUCAUUGCAAAAUACAGUUAAUUUAGGG